AAUAUAUCUAGUAGGAGGCAAAUACGCCUGGAACAUGACCGCACGAGUGAUUUUACAAGUUUUCGACCAGUAUCAAAAGGCACGCGUCAGCUUUGUUCAGACUGUGGCGGAUUUAGCUUCGAGACCCCAAAACGUCGAUUGUUUGGAAAAUGCCGGCGUAUUAGAUUUGUUACGCCCGUUGCUUUCCGACGUUGUACCGUCGAUCCAGCAAACAGCAGCUAUUGCAUUGGGCAGAUUGGCCAACCACGAUGAUAGAGUAGCACAAGCAGUUAUUAGGCGAGACAUCAUGCCACAGCUACUUAGGAACAUUGAUAAACAAAAUAAAUUUUUCAAAAAAGCUGCACUGUUCGUCUUACGAGCCGUAGCUAAACACUCCCCAGAAAUGGCAUCUGUGAUCGUUCACGGAGGAGGACUCGAGGCAAUGGUCAUCUGUCUGGAAGACUUCGAUCUAGGAGUUAAAGAGGCAGCUGCAUGGGCUCUGGGAUAUGUGGCACGGCACAACAAAAGCUUAGCUCAGGCUGCUAUCGAUACUGGUGCUGUUCCACUUCUUGUUCUAUGUUUACAAGAGCCUGAACUAUGUCUGAAACAAAUUAGUGCGUCUGCCCUCUGCGAUAUAAGCAAACAUUCUGAAGAUCUUGCUCAAAUUGUCGUUGACGCUGGAGCUGUACCUUUUUUGGCAAAAGCUAUUUCUAAUCCUGAUCCUAAACUGAAGAUUAACAUCUAUUAUCUUCUUCAGAGGCAAGUAUUAUCUGCUCUAAGCAGUAUCGCUAAGCAUUCUGUUGAAUUGGCUGAGAUUAUUGUCGAGGCCGAAGUAUUCCCAGAUGUUUUAGUCCACAUGGCACACCCUGACGAUAAUGUCGAUAGAGCUGCGGCCAAUCUUACCAGAGAUGUGUGUAAACAUACUCUGGAGCUGGCACAGCUAAUUGUCAACACUGGGGGUAUUGGUGCGCUUGUCGAACUCGUCGGCACAUCCAAAUCAGAUUCCAGAUUACCCGCAAUCAUGGCACUGGGCUACAUUGCUGGACAUUCGGAUCAGUUGGCAAUAGCAGUUAUUGGGUCCAAAGGUGUUGUCCAACUGGCUAUAGUACUUCAAGAAGAAACUGAGGAUCACAUUUUAUCUAUAACAGUUUGGGCCCUCGGUCAAAUUGGGAAACAUACUCCGGAACAUGCCAAGGCUUUGGCCGUCGCUGAUGUGUUUCGCAAGUUAUUAGAGCUGUACAUGGCACCUAGAAGUUCGGAGGAUCUAAAAGCCAAGUGCAAAGGGACAAUGAAACAAGUCUUGCAGAAAUGCAUGCACAUUGAAGCUUUGGAGCCGCUUCUGUGCGACGCACCUCCCGAAAUCCUAAAGUACAUUAUCGGCCAGUUCAGUAAAAUUCUACCUAAUGAUGCUAGAGCUCGUCGUAUGUUUGUUACCACUGGAGGGUUGAAAAAAGUGCAGGAAAUACAAGCUGAACCUGGUUCAAUGCUACUAGAAUUCAUAACUAUCAUUAACUGCUGUUUCCCUGAGGAAAUCGUGAGAUAUUAUUCGCCGGGAUAUCCAGACACGCUGUUAGAAGCGGUCGAACAAUACCAACCGAAAUGUCCAUCAGUUUUUACAAUGGACCAGAAGAUGUCCGAUGAAUUUUCUAACUCCAGUAUGUCAUUGCUUCAUUACAAUGAGGAACGCGGCUAAAAAUUAGUGUAACAAGAAAAUUUUAAUGUACAACUCUUUUUUUUUGCAAUAGUAUAGAAAAAUUCACAUCCCAAAUCAGCUGUGUCCCGACAACUGGGAAUGCUAAAUGUAUAAAUUCUGUACGUUUGAACCAUCAUUAUUUGUUUAUUUGUAUUUGUCAAACAAAUGAGCAUCAUGUGCUCUUUUGGAAAGAAAAUUACCGACAGGCUGUGAAUUCGUAGGUACUAUAGAUUUAAAAAAUCGUUAUUUUUAUAUGGUCGUCUUCAUUAUGGGAGUAAUACUGUGCCAAUUGAGAAAUAUACUGGAACGCCUGAAUUAUAUUGUACGACACGAACACAGUCGGAGGUGGCUGGAAAAACAACACCUACUCUACAAAUAUUGGGUCAAAUCAAACAGCUGAAUAACAUUACUUGUGUCACUUAGGAAAUAUGUAUAUUUGGAUGCGAAUUUUUGUAAUUGUACCAAACUAAAAUGGAGUUUUUUGGAAUAACAUUCUCUGGCUAUGGUAAUUAUAUUACGGAUGUCAUGA